AUGGCUACACAAACCUUUUGCAUUGCCCCUGCUCUGCUAGAUCUGUCGCAAGGUCAAUUAGUGGGUCACAUCCAGAACGAGCACAAUGGCAUCGACAGCAGGAGAGCCGUGAUCAAGCAGGGCUCCAUGGACCGUGAAUGCCCCGGUGAUAUCAUAGUGCCAUGGGGUUCUCCCCAGUCAUGCGCCGAGGACAAGGAAGCAUUCCCCGCUUCGGAGGCUGAAAUAAAAAUAACUGCCACGACACUGUCAGAACCAGCACUUCCACACAUUUCUUCGGCAGAUGAGGUGAAAGCCGAAGCAACAGACCAGCAAGAUGUCGGCCAGCGCCUUUCGACGAGGGAUUUAUUGCACACUUUGCUCUCCGCAACCACCGUCACCCAUAACGAGUGCAAUUUGCUGCAGGAGUUAAUGCCAGAACAAACCACCAGUGAUGUUCUCAGUAAAACCUGGACGCCUGAAUCGAAAUCUUGCCUAGGCAGCAACAACAUGCAAUCACAAAAGCACCGGCGAUUCCAGGCCGACCGACAUCGGCUGAAACCUAAGCCCUUAAGAUGUCGUGGGAAAAAGGCAUUUCCCCUUGCACAGCAAAAUUUUGGCGGAAAGGACAAUCCGAGAAAAUAUGAGUGGUAUCUGCCCAGAGCUGUCUUCGAGACCUCUGCUGUGCUUUGA